UUUGCCAAACCACUGCCAGAAAGGAAGAUAAGCUGAGAAAGUAUAUUGCAUCACGUUACUGCCUGGAGGAGGAAAGGCACGGGAAGAGUCAUUCGCCGGGGGAAAAUGUAUUGUACAAAAAUAAGGCAAUCUCAGAAUACAGCUGUUCUCUGGAUCACUCUUGAAAAAUGCCAGCCAUCAAGAGCUUGAGCCGUGCUGUCAGGCAGGUGUUGCAGAAACCCGGCUGCGGCUGUCAGAUUGCUGUUGUGCCGGUUAGGUGUGUUGGUUUCUCACCCCGGCAAGUAACCUCAGACGCCAGCUUUCAUUCAGUAUCCUUCUCUGAAACAGACCAUCCACGGGUACUAAUUACAGGAGGACUAGGCCAGCUUGGAGUAGGGCUUGCUAAGCUCUUGAGGAAACGUUUUGGAAAGAACAAUGUGAUCCUAUCUGAUAUUAGAAAACCUCCCGACAAUGUCUUCCACAGUGGACCUUUUAUCUACUCAGACAUUCUGGACUAUAAGAAUCUUCGUGAGAUAGUGGUGAACAACCGGAUUACUUGGCUGUUUCACUAUAGUGCACUGCUCAGCGCUGUUGGAGAAGCUAAUGUCCCUUUGGCAAGAUCUGUGAAUAUCACUGGAUUACACAACAUUCUUGAUAUUGCUGCUGAGCACAGCUUGCGACUCUUUGUCCCCAGCACAAUUGGAGCUUUUGGACCCACCUCUCCUCGGGACCCAACUCCUGACCUCUGCAUCCAAAGACCAAGGACAAUUUAUGGUGUCUCCAAGGUUCACGCAGAGCUCAUGGGAGAAUACUACCAUUACAGAUAUGGCCUAGAUUUCCGGUGCUUGAGGUACCCGGGCAUUAUCUCAGCUGAUACUCAGCCUGGUGGGGGAACGACUGACUAUGCAGUCCAGAUCUUUCAUGAUGCCAUAAAGACUGGCCAGUUCAAGUGCAACCUUAAACCAGACACCCGUCUCCCAAUGAUGUACAUUGAUGACUGCCUGAGGGCUACUUUAGAGAUCAUGGAAGCCCCUGCUGAGCUGCUGAGCAUGAGGACUUACAACAUCAGUGCCAUGAGUUUUACUCCUGAAGAGUUGGUUCAAGAAGUCCGCAAGCAUAUUCCAGAGCUUCAGGUUGCCUACACUGUGGAUGCUGUCAGGCAAGCCAUUGCUGACAGUUGGCCAAUGAUUUUUGAUGAUAGCAACGCUCGCCGAGAUUGGAGAUGGAAACAUGACUACGACCUUCCAGAACUGGUGAAUACAAUGUUCAAUUUCCUUAGCUCUGUGAGCUCCAUUUCUAGAGUUGCCCGGGUCAACUGACUACUCUUCUCUGAUGCAGCCUCAAGUGAUUAAUUGACAGGACUUAGGCAAAACUGCAGCUUGUCCCUCGUCGGCUUCUGAGACUUGAAGUAAUACACCAUUGGGAUGUUUUCCACAUGUAUUCUGGGGCAGCCUCUUGUGCUCUUGGUUCACUUUGGUUCACUUUUCUUCCUUUUUGACAAAUUAGCUGAAUGCAGUCACCCAUGCUGAGAAUAGUUUUAAAGCACUUCUUAAUGCUGUAUCACUGUUGGGUAUUGCUUGAAAACUUAUUAUUUUACAAGAUGCAACUUGUUUUCUUGAAACUCCAGUUGUUCAUAGGAGGUACAGUCUUAUCUUACUCUUUAGGAUCCCAUGUCACAGGAUUUGAAUUGCUUACUGUACAAUUUUUUUUAAAAAGGCAGACUUAGAUGUCGUUCCAACCUGAACAUGUGGAGUGAAUGGAAAAUACAAGGAAGUCAUGAAAGAGGGAUUCUGCUAAGAGUAAGAAAUGCUUCUUAAUUCUGAUCAGUUCUCCCUAAAAAUGUCAUGGCUCCUGAAUUAACAUUUGAGGGAGGUACUGCAGAGUUGCAAAUUAUUUUGUACCUUGUCACAAGGACGUAGCCAGGAUUUUGGGAAGGGGGGGUCAAGACUAAGUGCCACCAUUUUGAGAGGUUAAGAGCCCCCCCCC